CGGGCCGGGCCGGGGAUGUAGCGCUCAGCACCGCGGACAGCGGCGGGGCUGCCCGGGGGGCGGGGGGCCAUGGCCGGCGUGCAGCAGGGCGAGAAGCAGCUCUUCGAGAAGUUCUGGAGAGGCACCUUCAAAGCCGUGGCCACGCCGCGACCCGAGAGCAUCAUCGUGGCCAGUAUCACCGCCCGCAAGCCGCUGCCCAGUGGGACGCUGGGCUGCCUGCCGUACCCUGCGGAGGACAGACGGCCGGAGAAGCUGAGCAGCUGCGUGGUCAGGGAGCCUGCCAGCACCAAUGGCUGUGCCAAGGCGAGGGACAGACGGGACCAUGCCCACCGCAGGUCACGCAGCCCUUCGUGUGAUGAGGAGAGGCCACUGCCGGCUCGGGGGAAGAAGAAGAAAAAGAAAUCUGGCCGCAAGAAGAGAAGGAGGUCUCCCUCCUACAGCCCUUCACCUGUGAAGAAGAAGAAGAAGAAAAGCUCCAAGAAGCGAAAAAGAAACAGGUUAUCAUCAAAGAAGAGAAGGCACAGUUCUUCAAGCCCCAAAAGUAAGAGAAAGGAAGAAAGAAAACACAAAAAACACUCUCGUGGGCGCUCCCGGAAAUCCCAUCGGCAUCGGCGCUGCCACUCUCGCUCAGAGAGCUCCGACUCCCACUCCCCCAGCUGCCGGAGCAGGCACAGAGCCAGGUCUCGGGAGGAAGGGCGUAAAACACGGCGAAGACACUCCUGGCACCAUUCAAAGAUCACGGCAAAGAGAAGCUCCUCUGCAGAGGUUCAGGCCAGUCAAAAAGCCAGCCAAACCCUCCCACUCUACAGCUUCCUGUCUUCUAAGGAAGUAAUCUCUCAGUCAGGGUCUUCUGCUGACCUCUUUACCAAAACAGACAGCCCGCCUGGCAACCUAGCCAGCCAGAAUGGAGAGUAUCAUGAAUAUGACUCAGGAAACGAUACUUCCUCCCCUCCCUCCACUCAAACGAGCUCAUCCAGGUCAAAGGACAGCCAGGAGAAAAGAAGUCUAGUCCAUGAUGGCUUUGGCCAUGCCUUCUCGUCCGGGAAGCCCAAACUGGCCAACAGCGAUAACAGCUCUGAUUCAGGAAAUUCCUUCACCAGUUGCUUUUCCCAGACCAAGGGAACAGCUUUGGAAAAUCUGUCUCCAGAUGCCCAGGGACAAGACCGAAGAGCGUGCCUACCCUCAUGUCUCGGUUCCUCAGAGGAGAAGAAGCGAAGCUUCCUCCCCUCCCCAGCGCACAGCUCCCCGCUCAGGCCUGGCUCCCGCAGCGAGUCCUGCACCAGCACGGGCAGAUCCUCCCCCGGCUCCAGCCGCUCCCGCUCCUCGCACCACAAGGCCUCUCCCAGGUACUCCCGAAGCAGGUCCUGCUCCUCGGGAAGGAGGUCUUCCUCACGUUCCCCCAGCUAUUCCUCCAAAUCCUGCAAAAAAAGUCCUGGGAGUAGAAGUUCCAGGCCUCGCCGGAGCCCCAGUUACUCCCGCUACAGCCGUAGCAGGGACCGCGAGCGGGAGCACAAGUACAGCUCCAGUGAGAAGGAGUCGCAGCGGCAGCGGCGGCGCCGCUCCUAUUCCCCCCUGAGGAAACGCCGGAGAGACUCUCCCAGCCACCUCGAAGCUCGGCGCAUCACAAGUGCCCGCAAACGCCCCAUCCCCUACUACCGUCCCAGCCCCUCGUCCUCCAGCAGCGCCGGCAGCUACUCCUCCUGGUACAGCAGCUUCAGCCGCUCCCCGAGCCGCAGCCGGAGCUACUCCAGCUACCGGACGAGCCGCAGCCGAAGCUGGAGCAGCAGCCGGAGCUCGGGCCCCAGGAGCAGCCGCAGCAGGAGCAGGAGCAGGAGCUAUGACUCAGGAGCCAGCUCCGACAGCCUGCGUCGUUAGGGAGUGUCACUGCUGGCUGACACCAGCUGCCGGCGUCACCGCCACAUUCCUGGCAUUCUCCGCUUCCUUCCCACCUACCUGGCCAUCGAUAGCAAUCAUCCCCGAUACUGACGUGGUGGCACUGCCGGGUCCCCCUUCCCCGGCUGGGAUAAGAGCCCUGGAGCGCCUGGUGCAGCCCCUCCGCCCCGGCGCGGGGUGGGUGGAUCAGUCCCAGCUCCCCAGGCCAGGCUGGAAGAAGGGUCGGUGCUUUACAGAGGGUCUGUCACGACAGACCUGCUCCAUCCUCCCCGAUGCUUCCAUCUGCCAUUGCUACUGCUCUCCAAAGCACUACCAGCAGGUCCAAAGGAAAGAGCUCUGCUCCUUGCUCUUCUGACAAACCAGGAACCAACAAAUUAACUUCUUUUGGAGAGACAGACCCAGCUGGGGAGGAGUUUGCUGGAAAGCUUCCGUGAUGGAGGGGAUGGCUGUCCCCACCAAGGCAAAUGUCAGGUCCUUUGGGUCUCUCCUCCGGAGCUGCUGCCCAUUCUGCAGAGAAAAUAUUUAUUUUUUGCCAGUCAGCCAGUCCCUGCUAUAAAUAGAAGGCUAGAAAUCCCUCCCAACGUACUUCCUGGGAAAAAAAAAGGCUGUUUGCUCCUUCUCCUGCCCUUUCCUACCAGGUAGCAGCACCUUUUGCAGGGUUGUUUUAUCCCCCCAGCACUGAAUUGCUUGCAAACCACCUGCUGAGGUCUGAAGCAGAGGGGAAGUGGUGCUGUGCUGUGCUGUGCUCAAGGGGCCACAUGUGGGACACAGGGCCAUGGGCUUCCCUUCUUGGAGGAAGCCUCAGACAGUUUGGGUUUGGGUUCUUCAGGGAGCAUUGCCCUCAGAGUGCACUGCUGGUGGGACCAGAGAGAGAUGCAGAAAUAGCACUUGUGGGGUUCAGGUUCAGUCAGAACACACAGGGUUAAAAGGAUCCAGGGGACCCCAAUUCCCCUUCCUCCAACCAUGCAGCAAUUUCAGGCAGGGUUCCAGGCAAUCGUUCCUCCUUGAGCCUCUCUGGCUGCCCCGGGGCAGGGUCAGCAGCGCAGUUGCAGGGCCAGUGCCAGGCUGCAGCAGGAUGCACUGGUGCCCCAGGGUGUUACUGGGAGGCCUGAGCAGUGCAGGGGGACACGAAGGGCCCCCCACUAAUUGCCUGUUUUUCCAGGGAGCCACGGGCUGCCCUGGGCCCUGGGGUUUUGUCUCCCUGCCAGCCCAGCUGCCUGCGCAAUUAAUGUGUUUUGCCGGGUAACAAAGGCUUCUCCCAGCACAGCCUGAGCUGGUGCUGAGGAGUUUAUUUCUCUUACAACACCUGGGUGCUUAGAGACGCCUAAUUUGGGCUUAAGACUUCCCUCCCUCCCUUCCUUUUUCCAUCCCCUCCCCUUCCAUCCUGCACGGUUAUUAACGAGUUUGGGCUUAAUGAGUCAAGGAGGUGUGUGUGUUGUUUAAGUGUUACAGAAAAGGGCUGAGUGGAGCCACCAUCUGCAGGAGGAGAGGGGGUAGAAAGGAACACAACCCACCCUCCAUCUACAGAAUUACCUACAGGCCCCUGGCAGUCAGAAAAGGGACAAAGCAGCAAGGGGAGGAAGGCUGAGUGCCACGAGCUGCUGUGGUGGAACUGGAUGAUGGCCUCAGCAAGCCUGUAAAUCUGUUAUCUGUUGGGAAGUACAGCAGUGCAGGCAGGGAUUCCAUCUGGGUGGUACAAGAGGAAGUUUGAUGUCAGGGAGCUCUUUCCCAGUAUCUUUCCUGUGCCUUCAAUGGCCAAAGCUCCUCUUUUCCCCAGACCCUCAUCCCCUGCCUUGCUUGCUGCAGGCAAUGUGAGCAUGAGGGGGCUGAGGCAGAGAGCUGAGCACUGGUAUGGUUGGCUUAGUGGGGAUGUGUCCAUCUUCUGGGAAGACCCUUUGUAGGACACAGAGAGAAGCACUCCUGCUAGGACUGAGCAAAUGCUCCAGGGCUGUGGCUGAGGGAUCAAAGCCAGGAUGGCACUGCCUUCCCUCCUGUGCUGGCCCUGACAGCGGCCCCUUGGCCACCUUCUGCAGCGAACUCCCUCUCAAAAGGGCUGAAAACCUCAUUCUUCUUCCCCAAAGAGUCUCUCCCAGUCUGAUUCUGAAAUGCCCCAUCCUUCUGCUCCCUGGGAAGCUCCAAAGGCAGUGAACCCAGACCUCCCCAGCUCUCCCAGUGUUUCAGGAACAGCCUCCUGCCCUUGGCACCCUGUAACGCACACGUGGAGCUGUAGCAAGGAAGCAGUGAGCUCGAAGAUCCAAAACUAGGAAAGAAAAGAAGAGGGGCUUUGUGCAACUGGUGUAAAUACCAAACUCACACUGACUGGAGUCCUCGUGGCUGGGGACAUGAUGGAAGCACCACUCCAGGGUUAGCAGCAUCCACCACCUGUGGAUCAGGAGAUGCCCCCGAAGGUUGUGUGGGGCUGGUGGCAGCUCCUGCACUCGUCCAGCUGAUCCCUACAUCAAGGACUGCCUCUGCCUGUACAGUCCGUGGCAGCUAAAAGCUCCUGGGGUUUCCCAAGCAGACUUGCAUUGGAGUAACCCUCUUUAAAUUAUUUAUUUAUUUAUUUAUUUAAUAUUAUUAUUAUUAUUCUAUUUUUAAUUGUAUGUCAGAAUGGACCAAUAUUUAUUUAUUCUAUUUUUUUUCCCCUAACGUUAAGUUAUUUUUGGAUCUGUUUGUUUGUUCAAAUGUAUCCAUGCCGCCGGUCUCGUGUAAAAGUUUACAGCUCUGGCCUCUCUGAGUGAGGUGGCCGGAGGAGUGACAGCCACUCCUGCUGCCACCGUGUCCCUCUGCGCUCUCCGGAGCAGGGCGGAGAGCACGGGAUGGACAAAGGGACGCAGGGCAGAGCUGCGCGUUUUCAGUUCGGAAUCUCGUGUUUCUCAUUAGAUCUGUGCAGGAAUGUGAUGGGUGUGAGCACAGAAGCGGCUCUAGGACGUGUCGGAGGUGCUGGCGAGGGGCGCUGGCAGUGCCACUGGGGAAGUGUCGCCCGCGCCCCGCCGGCCGGGUGCCAGCUGGCCCCGCGCUGUUUGCCUUGGCUCCGCUCUGCCCGAACCGCGGCUGCUCCGCGCAGCCCCGCCGCUUUCCCUGGGAGGAUGCCGUCGCCAGGACUCCCCUGCCGUGUUUAUCCCUGCACACUGACCCACCCAUGGGAAAACAAGAGAUGAGACUGUGAGAGAGUGAUCCCUGUGGAAGGUCCUUGCAAAAUCCAGCCUCUGGUGACGGUCCUGACCAAGCCUGUGUGUGUAUGUGUGUAUGUGCACAUGUGCAUAUACAUGUGAGUUUCCCUCGGUGUUAUUUAUUUUUUAACUUAUUAAAUAUUUUUAGUACAAGCUUUAGUACACCCUCCCUGUUAGCAGACAGCCGGGGUUUCUGUGGGUUUGCGUGAAGCUGUGAGUUUUUUCUGUCUCUGUGCCUUUUGCCAGUGCUUUUUUAUUUAUUUAUUUUUCAAUGUUGUUUCAUUCACUGCUUUUAUGGAUUUUUGCUCUGCAUCCAACAGCUCAGAUUGCUGCAGGUGCUCUCUGCAAAUAGCAGGUUCACCUGGUGGAAAGGCAGCUUGGUCGUUUUGGUGUUGGUGAAUCACUGCUGUGGUCAGACACACAAGGGGUGUUCAGGGCUGCCCACAACAUCAGGACAAUAUCCUGGCUUUUUGGAAGCCCUGUCUCACACUCAAAAGUUCUUUCCUACCCUUGAUUUUGAAUCAUCCCACAAGCAUCCCUGCUGCCUUUCCCUGGCAGAGCACAUGUCACAGCACUCCCAAAUGUCUCCUUGAUCCUGGAGCCAUCAAAUCUCCCCAUUCACUGGACCUACCUUGGCUCUGGGUUUGGGAGGCUUGUCCCACCUCUCCCAACCCCAGGCUUCAGAAAAUCCAGCACCAUUUCUGCAGGUUUGCUGGAAAGCAAAGAUAAGGGAUGUUUCAAAGCACUGUUCUGUUCUUUCUUCAUUGGUUGCAGCUUUGCUUUAUGUUGACUGCAAUUUUCUCAAUGUUUUUGUUGUUUUGGGGACUGAAUUUGUACCAAACUUGUCUGCAACAGCCAAUCACUGUUAUUUUGCUAUGCAUUGUACAUACAUUGAACAGGCUGAGAGGACUUGGCCUCUAUUUAAUAUUUAUUUCUUCUAUUUAUUGAGCAUUACUUUAAAAAAGGCUAUUUGGAUCAUGCAGUUGGGUCCAUGGAGGCAGGAGCCUUUGAAGCAUUGCCAGAUAUGUUAGAGAGAGCAAGGCAAAUUUGGCUCAUUUGGAUCUCACCACCAGUAUUUAGAGAGGAACCUCAUUGUGAUGGAGAUGGACAAGGCAGGGGAAAAUUCUCCAUCUCCUUGGACCAGCUUCUGUUGACAAAUCACAUCUCCCUGGAAAGGUGUGGGGAACUCAGAGGUGACAGGCCAGCUCUGGUGGAGGAAUAACCCUGCUCCUCUUCCUCUGGCACGUGCCAUAGGGCUGCCAUCACCAGAAAUCCCUGGAGUUCUCUGAUCUCCCACUGCUGUUCCAUCUUCCCUCUGGGGGACAGGGACACUUUGCAUCACCCUUUGCAUCAGCAAUGAGGAAGGGGAUAGGAUGGAAGUGACUGGCCAUGGUCUCUACCAGGAAGCAAGGAUAUCCCCCUGCCCCACCCUGAGACCCUCGUGCCAUGUCCUGCUUUGCCCCCUUCCCCAAGCUUUGUGCCAGCAGCUUUGCCCUGAUGUGAGCUCAGUAGCCAGGGCAGCACUGGGGAGGGUUCCCCUGUAGUUUCCAACAUGAGCAGAGCUUGCUUCAGGCAUCCUCCCCGAGCUUUGAGAAGAGCAUGAGCUGUGCUAAACCACCCCCCCUGCCCAGUGCCGCUCCAGCACCGCCACAGCCGCAGCAGCGCUCGCUCAGCUGGGAGCUGUUUGUGCUCCUUGGGCAGAGCUCCCUGUGCUGCUGCAGUGAGGACACAGCUCCAGCAUCAGCAGGCCAGUGCCCAGAGCUGGGCUGUUCCCACAGAGCUGCCCAGGAGCUGCUGGGUGCCCAGCCUCAGGGCUCUCGGGUAUUGGUUUGGGAAAGGGGCAGGUUCAGCUCCCUAAGGGAAGACUUUGCCCUUUAGUGUCCAGUGGGGUUUUGUUACCUCUUCACCAGAGAAUAAAUAAUUCUCAUGACUUUGCUGCUACCUGGCAGUUUGCACAUGACUGGGAGGGUCUCCAAAGCAGCAGUGUCGUGGUCAAGCACCCUAGCUUUGUCUAGAGAACAACACCCUCACCAGCCCAGGGCAGCUCUCCACCUGUGAAACCUGGGGAAUGAGAAGAUGUAGAACAAGAGCCAAGACGUGGGAAAAGCCGCGAGGGAAGCGGUGUCUCUGUUCUCUGCCUCUUGGUUGGUUCCACCCCAACGACACCGGCGCAUCUGUUCGUUUGAGUUCAUUGUAAAGCUCCCCUUGCUCUCCAUCCACAUGCGUUCUGUACCCUUUAGUCUUCAUGGGUGUUUGAGUUGUUAGCCUGGUUAGAAAAAGGUUCCAAUAAAGGUUCAGACAGUA